AUGGCAGGCCUCGCUGCAGGCCCUGUCUUGUCGGCCGCACGUAGCUUGCCUCGCGCGGAUUCUACUUCACCUACUAUCAACACGACGUACGGAUCAGUCCAAGGUACCACCUCAGCUUACCGAGACAACAUAACAGUUUACAAGGGUAUCCCAUACGCUGCACCACCAACUGGUUCGAGCCGAUGGACGCCUCCGUCUGCUCCAGAAGCUUGGACCGACGUCUAUAACGCCAGCUCCUUCGGUGCCGAUUGCGCCCAAUCGUACAGCGCUGCGGGCAUCUUCUCGUCCGGCAGCGAGAACAUCAGCGAGGACUGUCUCUACCUGAACAUCUGGACCCCGACUUAUAACGAUACCACCGACCUCACUUCCCAGAACCUCCCCGUCUUUUUCUGGAUCUACGGUGGGCGCUUCUCCGGAGGUGCAGGCUCUGUUCCAACGUACGACGGUUCCGGCCUUGCCGCGAAGGAUAUCAUCGUCGUCACGAUCAACUACCGUCUCGGCCCCUUCGGUUUCCUCGCCCAUCCUGACCUCAGCGCUGAGUCCGCCUACAACGCCUCCGGCAACUACGGCUUGCUCGACCAACAAUUCGCCCUGCAAUGGGUUCACGAUAACAUCGCCAACUUCGGCGGUAACCCGGACCAGAUCGUCGUCGGCGGUCAGUCUGCUGGUUCGGCGAGUGCGCUCGACAUAAUGUGGAGUCCGCUCUCCAGGGACCUGAUCGCCGGUGUCAUCGCGGAGAGUGGUGCUCGUGGCCCCAACGAUCCCGUCACGGGCAGCGCCGCCACGAGUUGGCGUAACAGGACGGCUGCCGAGGCCGAGGGUGUCGACUUCGUCGCCAACUCGCUGAACGUGUCCACCAUCGCCGAGGCGCGCAAUCUCUCGAUGGACACUCUUCUCACGUACGAUUCUCUGGGCGACGACACCAUUUUCGACGGGACACAGUUCGAGAACCUCACCAGCGCAUUCAUGGCUCCCCCUCUCUGGCGCCCCGUCAUCGACGGCUACGUCCUUAUCUAUUCCUACAGCGAAGCUCUCCGCACGGGCGACCACGGCGACGUCCCCAUCCUCACCGGCAACAACAAGGACGAGUCGGGCGCGUCCCCCGAUACUGAUUACACCACUGACGAAUACACUACCGACUACACUGAGAUGUUCGGGAACUUCUCCACCGAGUUCUUGGAGCUCUAUCCGGGCGACAACGAGACUCAGGCCUCCGACAACAGCAAUGAGCUUUUCCGCGAUAUGAGCCGUGUCGGGACGUGGUUGUGGUCUGUCGACUGGGCUGCUGGAGGCGCGAAGAGCAACGUUUACACUUACUACUUCACCCACGCUCCGGAGGAGAGCGAAUCCUCGGGUGCCUACCACGGUGCCGAGCUUUGGUACACGUUUAACAACAUCCCCUACGCCGACUUCAACACGACCGAUGUCUGGAACAGCACCGACUACGCCAUCGAGAGCGUCAUGUCCGACUACUGGGCCAACUUCAUCAGGACCGGCAACCCGAACGGCGAUAACACCACCAGCGGCACCAACUUGACGUACUGGCCUCCCAGCACGAACGCGUCGAAGCAGACGAUGUGGCUCGGUGAUGCGUGGGGACCUGGCGAAAUCUCGGAUUCGGACGAUAGGAUCAGUUUCCUUGAGAGCUGGUAUGCGACGUUGCAGGAGUGGUAG